GAUUGGUCUCUACAUCGCAGCCGCAACAAUGAAUUGAUGCCUGCAGCUUCUUGUGGGGAAUCAUCUCUAAUGUACAACUUAUUAGAAGAAGCCUUAAAUGAGUCAUUUGAAACCAUUUAUUUUGUCGACCAAAACACCAUUCCCAGCAGCAGCAUGUUAGAUGAAGCAAGAUGGAGGUCAGCAAAAGAUGUGUGGGUGAAUUGGAAGAAUCCCAACCAUUGGUUCCGAACUAAGAUCAUCUCUCCUGUAUUAAUCAACAGUCGCUUAUUGAUUAAGAAAUCCGAGGAGGAAUCCGAAUCAGAGAUACUAAAUCAUGUCCUUGGGUUUCUCGAGUGCCCUAUUAAUGCUGCAAAAGAAAUUUUUGGUCAUAAUUUUGAUGAGUUAGCUAUGCAAUCUUUACUCCCUACUUCGUUGGCUGAACAACACAUGAGUUUGAUUGCAAUUGAAUUUUCAAUCAUUUGUAAAUUCAUUCGAGAGCAGCAGAAUUUUGGAUCGGUUAAGGAUCUGUUUGAUUUCAUGGAAGAUUGUUUUGCAAAGAUGCUCUAUUUUACCCUCCACCGUCUUCCAAUGGCCAUAGUGAAGGAGAUCGAAGGUGAGAAUGGAAAGGAAAUAAGUGAAGGAAGAGUUAGAAAAAUCAUGAAGUUCCUUUGUAAACUUGAGUUGUUAUGGGACACUAUCGAAUGGUCAUGGCCACCCAAAUUGGACCCUAAAAGUCAUCAAGCAAAUGAUGCCCAGUCGACGACAAUUGGUCAAGCGGAGCCACCUAGCCAAACUAGUAACACUACUACUACUACUACUGCAGAUGAUGGUGAUGAUGAUACGAUUCGAGAAAUCGGAUCUGAUGAGAUUGUUUGAAAGACUUCUUCUGCGUGCUCAAUUUCUAUUCUAUUGGAACUUGGGUGGGAUGUGAAAUAGAAAAAGCUUGGACAGAUUCUCAAGUUACUGGUGGAGACUUACUUGCCAAACCAAAGAUGAGUGCAUGAUUGUGGGAUUUCCUUCUUGUUCUGUUUUAGAUUUCUCUUUUAAUUUCAAACACUGAAUACUUUGUAUUUAUUAAGUUUUAUGAUGUGAUUGUAAGAAUGAUUAAGUGGUUGGCUGAUAAAGCCAUUGCGGAGAAGCUGUGUAGAACAGCUGAACAUGUUCUUGGGAUGUGAUGGGCAAUAUCUUUUCUUUCCUUUCUUAAAUUUAUUCUAAUCUUCUUUGUA